GGUUGCUACUGACUCCUGCGUUUCCAGUAAAAAGAAACUAAUGUUGUGAUUUCCCAAGAAAGGAGUAAGGCUGAUUUUGAAGUCAGUCAAAGAGAGCCAAAAGCCAGACAGAGCCUUCAGACAGAGCCUUCUGACAGAGACAAGUCUUGCUGGUGAAUGCCCGGGGCUGGUAUAUGGCUGGAAACGCCUGCACUAUGAACAGCUUCAUGGCCAUUGCCCUCAUCUGGAUGAUGAUAGCAUGUGCUGAAGCAGACAAGCCUCUUAGAGACCCAGGUACGACUGGAUUUCAAACAUGCAAGGAUACCUUGAAGCUACCUGUCUUGGAGGUCCUGCCAGGAGGAGGCUGGGAUAAUCUGAGAAACAUAGACAUGGGACGGGUGAUAGACUUGACCUACACCAACUGUAAGACCACAGAAGAUGGACAGUACAUCAUCCCUGAUGAAGUCUAUACUAUUCCUCAGAAGGAGAGCAACCUGGAGAUGAACUCAGAAAUCCUGGAUUCCUGGGUGAAUUACCAGAGUACCACCUCAUUUUCCAUCAACACGGAACUCUCCCUUUUCUCCAAAGUCAAUGGCAAGUUUUCUACAGAGUUCCAAAGGAUGAAGACCCUUCAAGUAAAGGACCAAGCUGUAACUACUAGAGUUCAGGUAAGAAACCGGAUCUACACAGUCAAAAACAGCCCAACUUCAGAGCUCAGCUUCGGGUUUACGAAAGCACUUAUGGACAUCUGUGACCAACUAGAGAAAAACCAGACGAAGAUGGCCACCUACCUGGCAGAACUCUUGGUCCUCAACUAUGGCACACAUGUUAUCACCAGUGUGGAUGCUGGGGCUGCACUGGUUCAGGAGGAUCACAUAAGGUCCUCCUUCCUCCUGGACAACCAGAACAGCGAGAAUACUGUGACUGCCUCUGCUGGGAUUGCCUUCUUAAACAUUGUGAACUUUAAAGUUGAAACAGACUACACUUCUCAGACCACUUUGACCAAGAGCUACCUGUCUAACAGAACCAACUCCAGGGUGCAGAGCUUUGGAGGGAUUCCCUUCUAUCCAGGAAUUACCUUAGAAACCUGGCAGAAGGGCAUCACUAACCACCUAGUGGCAAUAGACCGUGCUGGCUUGCCUCUGCAUUUCUUCAUUAAGCCUGACAAACUGCCUGGUUUGCCGGGUCCCUUGGUGAAAAAGCUGUCGAAGACAGUGGAAACUGCUGUGAGACACUAUUACACAUUUAACACUCACCCUGGCUGCACGAAUGUCGACUCCCCCAACUUCAAUUUUCAAGCCAAUAUGGAAGAUGAUUCGUGUGAUGCGAAAGUAACCAACUUCACCUUUGGUGGAGUUUAUCAGGAAUGCACUGAACUGUCAGGUGAUGCUCUUUGCCAAAACCUGGAGCAGAAGAAUCUGCUUACUGGUGAUUUCUCUUGUCCCUCUGGCUACACCCCUGUCCAUCUGCUGUCUCAGACCCAUGAGGAGGGUUACAGUCGCCUGGAAUGUAAAAAGAAAUGCACCCUCAAGAUUUUCUGUAAGACAGUGUGUGAAGAUGUGUUCCGAGUGGCCAAAGCUCAAUUCAGGGCUUAUUGGUGCGUAGCCACUGGCCAAGUACCUGACAACUCAGGACUUCUCUUUGGAGGACUCUUCACUGACAAGAGCAUCAACCCAAUGACAAAUGCACAGUCAUGCCCAGCUGGCUACAUUCCACUGAACCUGUUUGAAAGCCUUAAGGUAUGUGUGUCCCUGGAUUAUGAGUUGGGGUACAAGUUUUCAGUUCCCUUUGGUGGGUUCUUCAGCUGUAUAAUGGGGAACCCCUUGGUUAAUUCUGAUACAGCCAAAGACAUAGGCGCACCAUCUCUGAAAAAAUGUCCUGGGGGCUUCAGCCAACACCUAGCUGUUAUCAGUGAUGGAUGCCAAGUGUCCUACUGUGUCAAGGCUGGAAUCUUCACAGGAGGGUCCCUGCUCCCUGUCAGGCUUCCACCUUACACCAAGCCACCCCUCAUGAGCCAAGUUGCCACCAACACUGUCAUAGUGACCAGUAGUGAGACUGCCAGAUCCUGGAUUAAGGAUCCUCAGACCAACCAGUGGAAGCUGGGAGAGCCUCUGGAGCUUCAUAGAGCCAUGACUGUCAUCCAUGGGGACGGUAAUGGAAUGUCAGGAGGGGAAGCUGCUGGAGUCACGUUGGGAGUCAUCAUAGCACUAGGAAUUGUCAUUACCUUGGCCAUCUACAGUACUCGGAAGUACAAGAAGAAGAAGGAAUACCAGGAAAUCGAGGAGCAGGAGAGUUUGGUUGGAAGCUUUGCAACAGAUGCAUCAGUCCCUAAUGGAGAACAGGAUCCAAGUCCAGCUUAAUUGUCUCCAGAGGAAACAGUUUCCAGCCGCAGCUUCAAGUACAUCUUUCUCUUUGUUUUCUCUACUUCUGCCUUCCUAAGUACUGAAGUGACCCUUGCAAUAGGAAGAAAGCAGGCAUUACAUCCCUGGAAGUAUUUGUUUAGACCUCUGCACCAGGAAA